CAGACAGAGAAGGAAGUUUCAAGCCUUGUCAGUCAUUGAGGCUGAGCCUUGUCAGUCACUGAGGCUGAGCAGCGAUGACAGACCACAUCCUUUGUCUUUUGCUAUUACAAGCUGUUUUCAUAGAGUUACACGCUUCAGACCUCAGGACGGUCCAUGGUUACCUUGGGGGGAACGCUACUCUGCCCUCAGGAGCCAACCCAACAUGGACCCUCUCCUCAAUUGAGUGGUCGAUAUUCAAAAACUUUACGUGGAUUGCCACCUAUCGCAAUGGAGAUGAAAACAUCGACAGAGUUGAUCGAUAUAAAGGACGACUCAGUCUUGACAUCCCCACAGGUGACUUGACAAUUCACGGAUUAACAAAGGAGGAUAACAUGGUGUACACCAUAGACUUCGUUAAUACUGAAGGAUAUGGGAACUCUACCAGGAUCAAACUCCAGGUGAACCAACGACCUCAAAAACCGACCAUACAGGCGGUCCCCAGUACAUUGGCCAAUGACAGCUGUUGGUUUCUGAUGAAGUGCUCUUCCGCGGAUGAAGGUGUCGACGUCUCUUGGCAGGUUGCGUCGUCCAGUGCAACCGUGUACAACAAGAUUAAUACAGACAGAAACUCUGCAGAAAUGCUGGUCUUUCUAAACACCACACAAACUGCUGUGACAGUCACCUGUACAUCCAGUGGGCGUAUGGGGAAUAGCUCAAGUGUUAUCACUCCAAAAUGUGACGAUCUCAAGCCAAAGCUAUCUCCUAAUCGAAGGAAUCAUUAUAUUCUUCUCUUUUUUGCUGGAAUUAUUGUGACAGUUAUACCAACAUUAAUGUGUCUUGUAGAGUUGGCACCAAGGAUGCAGGCUGUACGAGUUAAGUACAGAGAUCAUCAGAAGUACAUUGGUUAUGAAGGACAGCUGACCUUCGAUUCCUUUUUGAGGAGAGUUGCCGAGAAAUUUGACCUUCCGACCCCGGACCUAAAAGUCUUUGAUGAGACCAAGACAGAGGUAGACAGGGAUGCAUUUGAGUUUCUUCUAAAGAAGCAGGAUCUUGGUGUACUGGAGGUUUGCUUACCCCAAUACUGCAGUCAUGACAGUGGACCAAAAGCUCACAGAGACCCCUUCAGAGAAGAAAAAUGGCUAACCUCAGAAAGCCUGUGUUGUGAGGCCAUUGCACUGAUGAAAGAUGCAGCUGAUAAAGCAAUUGUAAAAGAGAAUAUGAAACAGACCUUCCCCUAUCGCCAGAGAAUGAUUCACGACCCAGUCAAGUCUUCAGAAAUCUUUACAGUGUUUCCGCGAUUCCUGGACAUACCAGGAAUGGUUGAGCAGGAUUUCAGUCUGAUGUUUGGUGAAGCUACCUCUGCAAAAUUCUUGGAGAAGUGGCCUACUGUCUACAAACAGAAAGUCCUUGACCAAAGCCGUGGCCUCACGCAAACAGCUGAACUCCAAGACCUGGUUCAAACUGCUGAAUCCACAACUGGAGUAGAAAAUGGUUGGGACAGUGACAUGUCAUCCAUCUUGAUCCUGAUCCACCUGCUACCACCAUCACCUCAUGGCAGCAGAAGCCCAGGAAAACUCUCCGCCAGACCAGCCAGUGAUCAUCUUGUGAAGUUCAUCAAGGCAGAGACCAGCAUCCAGGAUCAUCUUGACAGUAUUACAGAGAAUCUUCAACCCUAUCUGCUUGCUGUUGGGCCCCAGAAGAAAGAGAUUAACAAGUACUUCAUUGUAAUUGACAAACAUGCCAUACCCUGUCAGUCAGCAGAUUCUCUUGCUGCCAUUGAUGAACUCUUCAAAGCGCAUUUUGUCUUUGGUACUUCUUACAACCAGGAUCUCAUAAACGUCUUCAACUUUGUGCAAACCAGUAUCUAUGAAAUAGAUGUUGGCAGCACAAAGGUAAACCCCAGAGUUGCAGAGCUGAGAGCUCAGUUUCUGCAUUGAAUAAAUGUAGAGAUCCUGGAUAUUUUAGAUGCUGCACUGAGCCAAUUCAGACAUGCUCUGUUUCAUAUGUAAAGGCCAUCAGGCAAACGCUCACUUUGACUAAUGUAUGGGUCUCUGGCUUGAGUCUUUUCCUUAAGUCAUAGUCCCGCCCACCAGAGACUCAUGGAGAGACUGGAGGAAUUGACAGGGAAGACUGAAGCCAAAAGAAUAAUGUUUAAUGACCUUUCCUUCACCUUUGCAGCGUCACGUGAAGCAACGUCAGUUUAUGAUGACGGUGCUGAUCGAUCAUCAAUCAGGAGGCAUAAACAGCUGUGUCUGCAUGAUUUGUACUGUAUUUAUUCUAAACAAAUAUCCACAUUUACAGUAUUUGGUCUCAGUGUGGGAUCAGAAAACACCUGCAUGAAGAGAAACCUGCAGUAUAUCAAAAAACUUGUGGACUCUUUCUCCCAGCAAAUGCUUUAUUUUAAAAUUACUUAUCAUCCUAAUUAUUCAGUGUGAAGGCAAAUGAUCAAACCUGACGCUCACUAAAAAUCAGACUGAUAGAAACUUUUUUUAACCCCACUAUGAUUUAAAACAUGUUUCUUCCUGAUAAACAGACUGCUGCUCUGUCAGACUUUCUCUUCAUAAUCUAAUAAAUGGAAAUAACUACUAAAUAGACUACUUACCAGUGGUGGACCAAGUAUUCAACUCCAGUACUUGAGUCAAAGUAUUGAUACUCGUGGUCAAAUCUUACUCAAGUACAAGUAAAAGUUGCUCUGUGAAAUUUUACUCAAGUUAAAGUACUGAAGUAUUUACUUUUAAAAAUACUUAAGUAUUCACAAGUACAUGCAUUUAAAAAUAUUAGAGUAUUCAAAAGUACAAAGCACAUUUUCUAAUAUCAGUACAUUGCUGUAUUGUUUUCUCAUAACCUUGUAACUCUGUGAAACCACCUACUGAUGUACUGACUUACAUGUUGAACUGCUCUGCUGCAAAAAGUCUAUAAAAACACCUGUAAAAACUUCAACAUAAAAAUGCAAUCAAAGACAAUUAGGACAACUCAAUAGAAAGACAUGUAAAACUCACCCAAACCAUCGUUGUAAGUCUGUCCCCUCUUCCAACAACCAUCACCUCUGGUUUGGUCAAAAACAAAUCCUAAAUUCUCCACAUAUAAAGAGUGUAAAGAAUCUGACUCUGCAGGCUGUUUUCCUCUCACUCGUCACCAAGCUUAGUGCACUAAUGGUCGGCUGCAUUUCAAUCAUCAGCCAUCACAUUAAACCGCAAGUAAUUUAACCUCAGACAACUUCAUUUCAAAUGUUUAUCAGGAGUGAAAAAUAACGUCUGUUUAUGUACCUCAACGUGCUUUCUCAGAUUGGACGGUGAGUUCUUGAAUGCAGAAAUGUAGCUUGUUCGCGGCGUACACAGAAGACAUUUGAAAUGAUAUGACCCAUUCCUCAUUUCUGAAAUUUCAAACAUCAAGCUGAGAUGUGGCCAUGGGUGUGCUGUUUUUUUCAGCUUGAGUUUCUCCUGCCAUCUCCAUUGCCGUCUUUUGUUUGAAUGAAGGCGGGAGCUUGCUACACAGAGCGAGGAUGACGUAGCCUAUUUCCAAAUCCAGCCCAGGUGUGAGCAGUGACUGUGAUUGGUUCCCUUCUGUGAGGAGCCCGGCGUGUGGCCAAUUGCAUUUUAGAAUAGAAAAACACCAACAUCUGACUACAAAGCUAGGUUGUACCUAAAAGGAACAAGUAACGACAAGCUUCCUAGAAAUGUAAUGGAGUUGAAAGUCAUAAGUUUCCAAACAAACAAAUACUUAAGUAAAAUACAAAUACAGAAAAAAAUGUACUUAAGUACAGUUCUCAAGUAAAUGUACUCCGUUACUGUCCACCACUGCUACUAACCCACCCAGCAAAUAUUAGUUGUAAGCAAGGUGUACAAGAAAGAACUACUUAAAUCACGUUACUUACAAGAAAAAAAUGAGGGGAGAUCUAAUGAGUAUGAGGUCAAGCAAUCCAAAGCUGUACUGGAAGAUGUUGAAUGGCUCUAGGAGAGAUAAAGAUCGUUGCCCCAUUCCACUCCAUGAAUUUCAGGAGCACUUUAAAGGAUUAGCAGAGUGUGAUGCACUGACAACUGAGCUCCCUGAAGUUGACUAUACGGAAAAUAGUCUUAUCUGUAAUGAUUUAAAUGCAACUUUCACUGAAAAAGAAAUUAAGGAGGUUAUUUUGGAACUAAAACCAGGAGAAGCAGCAGGAAUAGAUGGUGUGAUAAAUGAGUACGUCAAAAGCACAGCAGACAUUUUUAUGCCCCUUUAUGUUUCUUUGUUUAACAAAAUUUUGGAUUCCAGAAUUAUUCCUGGGACCUGGGUUUGUGGCUUAAUUGUACCGAUUUACAAGAGAAAAGGGGAUCCUGAGGACUGUAACAAAUACAGGGGCAUUACACUCCUGAGCUGUUUAGGUAAAUUGUUCACCAAUGUGUUAAAUGUAAGAGUACGUAAUGUCUGUGAGGAAAAUUCUAUACUGACAGAAGCCCAGGCAGGAU